AUGUCUGGUCUUUCGUCUCGACUCGAGGGACAAAGGCAUAGUCGCGAAAAACGGCGUUCUAGUUGUCGCGAAGCACGUCGCGAUAGCGUAGAUUCCCGUUAUACGCCGCCUGGUCGAAGUCUCUAUAGUAGAUCAUCAAACCGCCGGAAUCGGUCUUCCAGGCGUCGUGAUGUAUCGCACGACCCUCAUAGCUCUCGUAAACGCCGCGAUAGUUCACGCUAUGUAGCUUUUGAUAGGAUUCUUAGUAGAUUAGAAGUGAUCGAAGCUAGACUACCUGUAUCCGUAGAUAGCGUGAGUCCUUCGCGUCCUGUGAACGGGAGUCAUUUAGUUUCUACUCCAUUGGCUGUACAGAGUUCUGCUAGUAAGCCAGGCUCAGGCAUGGCUAAAGAGGUUAUUGAGGGUAGUAUUCCACACACACUGGAUAUGAAAACCAGUGAAGCAAAGGAGGAGGGGAGCAGUAUUGUUGAAGCAUUGACUGCAUUGUUCAAAGCAAAGUCUCACAACUUUUAUAUAUCGCCUUUUGAUCCAAAUGUACACGACUUUGAUGUUUGGUGCAACGAGGUUGACCGUGCCCGGCUUCUAAAUAAUUGGGAUGAUCACGAAUGUUUAGGACGGAUAGGUAGUUGUUUGAAAGGAGAUGCGAAGUUGUGGUUAAACGAUUGGGUGACAAAUGAUCGAUCGUGGAGUAAUUUUAAACUAGAAUUUAGAUCGUUAUGUCCACGUAAUGUUGACAUGGCUUCUGUAUUAUUUGAGGUAAUGAGUACAAACUCUAAUAAGUUUUCUACUUAUGCGGAAUACGCGCGUAAAUCUUUGCUACGUCUGAAUAUCGUUAAAGGUUUAUCCGAUGAGCUGAAAACCGCUAUUGUUGUUCGAGGCAUUAGCGAUCCCCAAAUAAAAGCCGCGGCCACAAAUGCUAAAUUACACUCAAAAGGUUUGAUUGAAUUUUUAUCUGUUUAUAUAAAACCUAAAUACGAUUACCGCCAAUCUAACAAUACCGUUCGUUCUUUUAGUAGUUCAGGUCCGUCUUACACGCGAAAACGCGAGGCGUCUAGGUUUGAUAAUAACAAAAUUACUUGCCACACCUGUGGAAAAUUAGGUCAUAAGAAAUGGCAUUGUCCUAAAAAACUUAGAGCUGAUCCUACGACUUCUACUCAGAGUGACAGUUUCACAAAACCAUCUCCAAUUGCAUUAAGCGACAAUCAGAAUAGACUUGACCCCAAACAAAGUAACGUAAUAUCAGCAGUACUUCAAAAAGUACCAGUCGAUGUUUUGAUCGAUAGUGGGUCGGAUAUUUCUUUGAUUUCAGAGUCAGUACUGAGAUAUUUUAAUUUGAAUAGAGUGCCAACUUAUCGCUUGAUGCGUGGAAUUGGAAGUCAAGAAAUUGAGUCGACUUCUCUAAUUACGACGGUAAUAGAAUUUCCUGAAGUGUCAUUAGAAAUAGAUUUAUUUGUUGUUCCUUCUCAGUGCAUAAAUGCACCCAUUUUGAUUGGUACCGACGUACUGAACCGAAAGGGUUUGAUAUACAUUCGAAGUAAUGGAGAACAGCGGCUUGUGAGGUCUGGUAUUGGACCGAUUGUGCAGCAUGUGGUCGUGGUGGACGAUGGGAGUGUCAGCACCCCAUUAAUUGGUGCAGAUAGGGAUAGAUUACUAACGAUAAUUCACGAAUUUUCGGAUUUAUUUAUCUCUGGCACUGCGGCCUCCACCGUGAACACAGGCAGCAUGGAAAUUCGAUUAACUUCGAAUACCCCGAUAAGUCAUCGUCCUUACAAACUUUCGAUAGAUGAAAAGAAUAGAGGUCGUGACAUUGUCAGCGAUUUGCUCAGUAAGGGUAUACUUCGGGAGUCUCAGUCUGACUAUGCUAGUCCUAUUAUUUUGGUCAAAAAGAAAGACGGCAGUGAUAGAAUGUGCGUCGAUUAUCGGGCGCUCAAUUCUAUCACUGUCAAGGAGAAAUUUCCCUUGCCGCUAAUCGAUGACCAUGUUGACAAGCUUGGCAGCUAUAAAAUCUUCACCAGUCUUGAUAUGGCUACUGGAUUUCACCAGGUGCCAAUGAGGGACGAUGACUCAAUCAGCAAGACUGCCUUCGUGACACCUGAAGGACAUUAUGAAUAUUUGAAAAUGCCCUACGGGUUGGCCAAUGCACCAAUUGUUUAUCAGAGAAUCAUUUCCAAAACUUUAAAAACAUUAAUAGAUGCUGGCAAAGCCCUUACGUAUAUAGACGACGUUUUAUUACUGUCAAAUUCAGUAGAGGAAGGCCUGGACACGUUGAAAGAAGUUUUACAUACAUUAAAAACAGCGGGAUUUUCUAUUAAUUUAAAAAAAUGUACCUUUUUAGACUCAGAAAUUGAAUACUUGGGGCGAUUGAUCGGUCAUGGUCAGGUUAGGCCGAGUCUGGGGAAGGUCGAUGCACUUAUUAGAUCUCCAAAACCCACAAAUGUCAAGGAAGUUCGCCAGUUUCUAGGUUUAGCGGGAUAUUUCCGUCGCUACAUAUCGGGUUAUGCUUCUAAGACGGCAUGUAUAGCAAAGUUGUUAAGAAAAGGGUUACCAUUUUUGUGGGGUGCUGAGCAGGAUACUGCUCGCGAUUAUAUAAUUCACUGUUUGACAAAUGAACCGGUUUUAGCGAUAUUCAAUCCCCGGCUGCCUACGGAACUUCACACCGAUGCAAGUGCUAUUGGUCUUGGUGCUAUUUUGUUACAGGAACAUGCCGGUAGGAGAAAGAGGGUUGUCGGUUAUUUUAGUAAGUCCACCCAGGGCGCAGAGUCACGGUACCACAGCUAUGAGCUGGAGACCUUAGCUGUCGUACGUGCGCUCCAGCACUUCCGCCACUAUUUGAUUGGCAUAGCCUUUAAAAUAGUGACUGAUUGCAAUUCAUUAAAAUUGACGGAGCAUAAAAAAGAUCUGUUGCCUCGAGUUGCGCGCUGGUGGGUAUAUUUACAAGAUUUAAAUUUUACUUUAGAUUAUCGUAAAGGUGUUUUAAUGCAACAUGCAGAUUUUCUGAGCCGUAAUCCUCCUCUUUCCACUGCCAAUGUGUCUCAUAUUCGGAAUCCAAGCAGCUGGGCGAAGAUCGCUCAAACCGCUGAUGUGGAGACACAAGAGUUAAUUUCUAGAUUAAAAGACGGGCAGCUUGACGAUACUAGGUAUGUGAUAAAAAAUGAUUUGUUGUACUACAAAUUUACACCAACUGGGGAAGACCCGCGACUCUUGUGUUACAUCCCUAAGGGUCACAGACUCAGCUUGUUGAGGGUGUUCCACGAUGAACAUGAUCAUAUUGGGACGGACAGAACAACUGACUUAAUAUUAAGACACUUUUGGUUUCCUAGUUUGCGACAGUUUGUAAAAAAGUACAUAAGUUAUUGUCUAGUAUGUUUAGCACAUAAAAAGUUCCCAGGGCUCCGUCACAACCGAUUCAAUCCUGGACAAAGCCAGAUAUCCCUUUUUCUAUUAUACACACCGAUGUCCUAG